UCACUAUGUUUGGCAAGUCUGCUGGGUCUAUCUCCGUGUUUAAUCAGUUGGCUCUGUAUGGUGGCAACAGCACAUACAAGGGCAAGCCGUUAUUCCGCGCGGCGGUCAUGGACUCGGGCCAUCUGCCGCUGCAGAUGCAAUCAAAUCCUACUAUUUCUCCUUUGUGUAUGAGCUGGACCCAAAUGAGGGCAUUGCAGCCUCGUCAGCCUCGUCAGCCUCGCCAGCCUCGCCCGUCUCCUUCACGGUUAAAUACCUCCCGGAAGCCUUGA